CAACUUUUAACUCUUUCUUUUUCUUACUUUUUUCCAACUCUUACGAAUCUUCUCGUACAUACCUCUUUCUUUUCUUUCUUCUUUGCAUUUACUCUAAUUUAAUUACACUCUACUUCAAGAAAGAGAUUCAAAAACUUAGAUCAUGGCUGAAGAGCAACCACGAGCCAAGGUCAAUGGUGAUAUCCACAACAUCACUGUAGAAGAUCUUUACGAUAAAGACAAAUAUGACCUUUCUACUAUGGAGCAGCAAGAUGUUAUGCAACUCUUGCAAACUCAACCUGAAGGCUUAACAUCUGAAGAAGCGCAAAGACGUAUCGAAAAGUUUGGUCAUAACAAGCUUGAGUCGAAGGAAGUUAAUCCAAUCCUUCAAUUCUUGGGUUUUAUGUGGAAUCCUCUUUCAUGGGUUAUGGAAGCAGCUGCUAUUGUUGCUAUUGCUCUCUCUAACGGUGAAAACAGACCACCUGAUUACCCUGAUUUUAUUGGUAUCGUUCUCUUAUUGAUCGCUAAUGCUGUUAUUGGUUUCUUGGAAGAACGCCAAGCCGGUAACGCCGUAAAAGCCCUCAUGGAUUCCCUCGCUCCCGAAUGUAAAGUCCGCCGUGAUGGUGAAUGGAAAACCCUUGAAGCUAGUGAACUCGUGCCUGGUGAUAUCAUUAACAUCAAGCUCGGUGAUGUCGUUCCUGCUGAUGGCCGCCUGCUCCAAGCUCACGGUGAUGUUUCCAUUGAUCAAGCUGCACUUACUGGUGAAUCUUUACCCGUUGGUAAAGAAGCUGGUGAUGAAGUCUUUUCUGGUUCAACUGUCAAGCAAGGUGAAGCUGAAGCUGUUGUUAUUGGUACUGGUACCAAUACUUUCUUCGGCCGUGCUGCUAAGCUUGUUGGCGAUGCUGGUGAUGAUAUUGGUCACUUGCAAAGUAUUCUCGCCAAGAUUGGUAACUUUUGUUUGAUCACCAUCUCUCUCUUCUUAGUUGUUGUCAUCAUUGUUCAAUAUGCUCGUUUCCGUUACAGAUACAGACGUGGUAUUGAUAACGUCCUUGUCUUACUCAUUGGUGGUAUCCCCAUUGCCAUGCCUACUGUACUUUCUGUGACACUUGCCAUUGGUGCUAAACAACUUGCUGAACACAAGGCUAUUGUGACUCGUAUUACUGCUAUUGAAGAAAUGGCUGCCGUCACUAUUUUAUGCUCCGACAAGACGGGUACUCUGACUUUGAAUAAGCUUAUCGUUGACAAGCCAACCAUCAAGACUUACAGUGAAGAAUUUGAUGGUGACGCAGUUAUUCAAUUAUCCGCCUAUGCCUCCCGUACUGAAAAUCAAGAUGCUAUUGACUUUUGUAUUGUCAACUCUUUACCUGAACCUGAUCUUGCACGUAAGGGCAUCAAGGAAUUGGAAUUCAAGCCAUUCAACCCCGUCAUCAAGCGUACUGAAAUUACCUACACGAGCGAGGCUGAUGGAAAGACCUACCGUGUGACCAAGGGUAUGUCUCAUACCGUUCUUGAUCUCUGUACUCGUGACAAGACAGAGGCUACGAUUAAGGCUCUUAAUGAUGAUGUCGAUGAAUUUGCUCGCCGUGGUCUCCGUGCUUUGGCUGUUGCUAUUGAUGAAAUUCCCUCUGGUGAAGUUGGUGCUGAAGGCAUCGGUUUCAAACUUGUUGGUCUCUUGCCUAUUUACGAUCCUCCUAGAUCUGAUACUAAGGAAACUAUUGACCGUUCUAUUGCUCUUGGUGUCUCUGUCAAGAUGAUUACUGGUGACCAAUUGGCCAUUGCCAAGGAAACAGGUCGUCGUCUCGGUAUGGGUGAUAACAUGUUCUUGUCCAAGGCCUUGAAGGAAGGCCCUCCGGCUGGUUCCGGCUAUACUGAUAUUGAUCAAAUGGUUCUUCAUGCUGAUGGUUUUGCCGGUGUCUAUCCCGAACACAAGUAUGAAAUUGUCGAACGUCUUCAGGCUAUGGGUUAUAUGGUUGCCAUGACUGGUGAUGGUGUAAAUGAUGCUCCUGCCCUUUCCAAGGCUAACGUCGGUGUUGCUGUCGCUGAUGCCUCUGAUGCUGCUCGUUCUGCUGCCGAUAUUGUCUUGACCGAACCUGGUCUCUCUGUCAUUGUCGAAGCCAUCAUUGGUUCUCGUCAGAUUUUCCAACGUAUGCGUAACUACUCUAUUUAUACUUGUUCAGUUACCAUUCGUAUCGUCGUCGGCUUCUCUAUCCUUAUCUGGGCCUUCCAAUUUGAUUUCCCUCCCUUCAUGGUUUUGAUCAUUGCUAUGCUUAACGAUGGUACUAUCAUGACUAUUUCCAAGGAUCGUGUCAGACCCUCGCCUUACCCAGAUGCCUGGAAUUUGAAAGAAAUUUUCUCAUAUGCCAUCGUCUAUGGUCUUUACCUCACUGCUUCCACUGUUGCCUUUGUUGCUGUCUGCUUAAAGACAACCUUCUUUACUCGCAAGUUUGGUCUUCAACAAUUCUCUGAUCCCAAUGACUAUGUUCUUCACUCUGUUGUUUACUUGCAAGUCUCCACCAUCUCACAAGGUUUGAUCUUCAUUACCCGUUCUCGUGGUUGGUUCUUUACCGAAAGGCCCUCCAUCCUUCUUGUUUGCUCUUUCAUUGUUGCUCAGUUGGUUGCCAUGUUUAUCGCUGUCUACGCCAACUGGGGCUUCACUCAAAUUCAAGGCUGUGGUUGGGGCUGGGCUGGUGUUGCCUGGAUCUGGAACUUUAUUUGGUUUGCUCCUAUGGAUUUGAUCAAGUUUGCUAUGCAAUACUUCUUCAAGCCUAAGCAACAGAAUCCUGAAGAAGUCAAGGCUGCUGCCAGUCGUCGUGCUUCUGCCAUCUCUGGUUCAGGCUCUGGUCGUUACUAUGCUAACCGUACUCGAUCCUUGCGUUCCAUGGAACGUCCUCAAAACUUUGCCAACAAGUUACUUGGUACUGCCGGAAAGAGAAUGGAUCCUAAGGAAAUGCGUAGAUUAUCUUCUGUUCAAGCUACUCAUGCUGGUAGAGUCUUGAGCUCUGGUGGCAAUAAUGCUUAAUAUAAUGAACGAUACAGAGACUGACAACA